AUGGAAUUGAUCCCCUACACCUCGCGAGAGGGCCGCGAGAUUGUACUGCGCCAUCGCAAUGCCCUGGUCGUUCGUGAUCCUACCUCGCAACGUCUCGACAUCCGCGGCCUGUCUCUGACCGAGUGUCCAACCUGUCACCAGCCCUUGAGGACCCGCUCAUCUUCACCUGAGCGACACUUUGAGAGUCCCGCCACCCACGAUGAGUCCUACAUGAAUCCAAAUUACUUUCGCAUGCUCCGUGCUGCUCGGCGCCAAGCACCGCCGCAUCCGCCUUCGAGUCCCAUCCGGAGGCUGACCCAACCCAACCUGCCCGUCUACGACGAGUCGGCCGUUCACGACGAUGUCGGGGAAGACGCCGAGUUUGUCUCGAGCGCCCCCGCCCCCGGGCCACGCAUCACCCGCGAGGCCUUUAGCCCCAACUACUUUAGAACUUUUUUUGUCGAGGAGCGCGAGCUGGGCCGCGGUGGCAAGGGUGUUGUGCUGCUCGUUCGCCACGAGAUCGAUGGGUGCCAUCUCGGCCACUUUGCCUGCAAGCGCGUGCCUGUUGGUGACGACCACGCCUGGCUCGAAAAGGUCCUGGUCGAGGUCGAACUUCUUGCCAAACUGUCGCAUCCAAACCUCGUAUCCUACCGUCAUGUCUGGCUCGAAGAUGUCAAGCUGCUUCGUUUCGGUCCCAGUGUCGCUUGCGCCUUUAUUCUACAGCAGUACUGCAAUGGCGGCGAUCUUUUGCGCUAUGUAGUAGGCGACCAACCCAAGGAGAAGACCAAGGAGCAGCUCAAGGCUCAGAUGCGCAGGCGAUCCAAGGGCCAGGCCGAGAAGCCCGACCUCUUCUCGCAACGCCACCUCACCUUUGACGAAAUCUAUUCUCUAUUCCGGGACAUAGUCUCUGGUCUGGCCUACCUGCAUGGCUCCAAUUAUAUUCACCGCGACCUCAAGCCUAGUAACUGUCUGCUCCACCAAGAGCAUGGUAAGCUUACCUGUCUGAUCAGCGACUUUGGUGAGGUCCAACCCGAGAACGCCGUAAGGAAAUCCACGGGCACGACUGGCACCAUUUCGUACUGCGCGCCCGAGGUCCUAACACAGGAUGGUGCGGGCCGCUUUGGCAAUUUUAGUACAAAGUCGGACGUCUUCUCCCUCGGAAUGAUUCUAUACUUUCUCUGCUUUGGCCGGCUGCCGUAUGCCAAUGCCAACACGAUACAGGAGGAAUUGGAAGACAUUGAUUUGCUCAGGGCGGAGAUUGCUGAUUGGAAGGGCUUUCAGGACGAGCAAAGGGAGCGGCCCGAUCUCCCCGCCAAAUUGUACCAUCUUCUCAAGCAGAUGCUCGCCUUGAACCCGACCGAUCGGCCAACAGCGGCCGACGUGCUCGACGCCAUGAACCACGAGUCCAACAUGGGAACACCUCGCCGGGAGUCGAUGGGGGCCAGCCCGCCACUCAACAUGCAUGAGCGGCGGGUGCAUUCCUUGGACUCCCCCUUAGUGCCCGGCACGCCUGUGGCAGAGCCCAUCAAGCAUCAACGCUUUCGAGUGGGGGACGAAUCAGUGAACGGCGACAAGAUUGCCUGGACACCUCCCGAGUCGACGCACGCGCCGGCCGACCUAGCGGGUACUUUGCAGAAGCACCCAAAAUCCAGCCGUCAUGGCCAUCCACACGUCACGGUGCUCUCGAGAGCUCAAGAUGGACAAGCCCGAGAUUCAGUCUGGUCCGACGAUGAGGCAAAUGACCACUCACCUAGGGCUUCUCCACCACUCCUUAUGCCGCCCCCGUCUACCUUCUGGGGUGAUGUCCAGCACAGGAGGGCCCUUGCCUGGCAUGGCCUAAGCCACUUCUACAAUGAUAAUAACGAGGCUGUUAUAUUCAUGGUGCGCUUUAGUUCAUUCAUGGUGAAGAUGAUAUCAUUGGCUCGGGUCUGUCGGCCGCUGGCGGCUCGUCUCGAGAUCAGCACCGCCCUGAUUGGCCUCGCCGCGAUGGACCUCGGGGCGCCACGCGGGGAUGAGCUCAUAGGGAGUCACAAAAGGAAUCCUCCGCGGCAGCCGUACCGGUCGAGCUCCACCCGCUGGCGAUGGGGUUGGCGGCUGAGCAUGGUUAUGUUUAUGCUUCACUUUGUUGUUUUAUGGUCAGCCGACCAAUGGGGCCGGCUAUGUAACACGCGCUGGGAUUACUCAGAGCAUGAAUAA